UGUAAUUUAUUGAAUGUCUUUGUCCAGAAUCAACCACGAUGAGGCCCGCAAGCCCGUGGACAUCCCGGAGGCCGUGUGUUCGUGUGUGGGCUGCAUCAAUCCUUUCACCAUGCAGGAGGAUCGCACCAUGACCAGCGCCCUCAUCUACGCCAAGAUCCCCGUGCGCAGAGUCCUGUGCCACCGGCCAACCAGGAAACCGACGAAGAAUAAGAAAUGCGUUCCCCGUUACAGAUCGGUGGUGGAGAGCAUCGCCGUGGGGUGCACGUGCAUCGUGGGGUAGCUGAGUGGGACCAAUACAAUUCAGCCUGUUUUACUGCAAAUAAACCGGAUCCCAAUUGUGAAUAUUAUGAUUUUCUGUAGGGUGAGCUCAAUAAAACACAACCGUAGCUGUGUAGGCGCCUUUUCUAUUUUGAAAAGGUGAUUUUAUUUAA